ACUGGGGGGACAGGAGUGGAAACGGAGGGGUCGGCGGGGGCGGGGGCGGCACGCGCUCCCCGGCCCCUCGGCCCCCGUGGAAGUACAACUCAGACGGUCCUCAGGAUGCCUGGAAUUGCUGCUAGGAACCUCUCUUUAGAGGGAAGGAGGCAGCUAGCUGUGGACUUGACCCAUGUUCUUCCCCUCUAUGGAUUCAUCCUGGAUGCCUACAUCAUUGAGUUUUUUACAGACUGUUUGUGGGAGAAGCUCCCCAGCUCAUGGCAAGAAGCUCUAGAUGGGCUGACCCCACCUCAGAUUGCCACCAUGCUACUUGAGAUGCCUAGUGCUGGGGAAGAGAUCAGGUACAGAUCAGUGUGGCCACUGACCCUUCUGGCCCUGAAGGCUACUGCCCGUGCUCUGGCUUUUACCCGGAUGCCUGAAUCUCUGGGCCCAUCUGAGUUCCAGGAGAACCCCAGCCAGAGCUCCCAGCUGGCAGCCCAAUUCCGGAAACAUGUCAAGCCCAAGAAACAGCAUGAGAUAAGGCGACUAGGAGAGCUGGUGAAGAAACUGAGUGAUCUUACAGGCUGCAACCAGGUGGUGGAUGUGGGCUCUGGCCAGGGUCAUCUCACCCGAUUCCUGGCCUUAGGGCUGGGGCUUUCUGUGACUGGCAUUGAAAAGGAUAGGAAACUGGUGGAAAGAGCACAGCAUCUGGACCAGGAACUCCUUAGUAUCCUGAAAAAGGAAGAACGAAGGAAACCACAGAUCAUCUCAGCUGUCCCUCAUCAACCCCCAAAACAUGUCGUUAGCUGGGUAGACCCAACCAAUUUGUCUGAGGGGCUCCUGUCUCCCCUGGAGUCAGAGGCAUCCCAGGACCCUGCUACCUCAGGCCCUCGCCGUGUGCUCCUGACUGGCCUCCAUGCCUGUGGAGAUCUAAGCGUGACUAUACUACAGCACUUUGCCUGCUGCCCUGAGGUGGUGGCCUUGGCCUCUGUGGGCUGCUGUUAUAUGAAGCUGACUACCCCUGGGGGCUACCCCCUUAGCCACUGGGUCAGAGGACUCCAGGACCACAGGCUGCCCUACAAGUUCCGAGAAGGGGCCUGCCACGCUCUGGAGGAAUAUGCAGGGAGGCUUCGGGGGGCAGGCCCCACCCUCCGCACCCACUGCUACCGAGCAGCACUAGAGACAGUGAUUCGGAGUGCCCGGCCCGGGCUCCGCAGACCGGGGGUACAAAGCAUCCCAAGGGCUCACGAGUUGCCUUUGGAAGAAUAUGUACGACUGGGACUGCAGCGGGUGGGACUAGACCCUGGACUGCCUCUGGACCUGGCCUCCUUACAUGCCUGCAUGGCACAGGAACAUCGGGUGGUAGCAUUCUUCAGUCUGGCACUGCUGCUGGCACCACUGGUGGAGACACUAAUCCUACUGGAUAGGCUGCUUUUCCUCCAGGAGCAAGGCUGCCAUGCAGAACUCCUCCCUGUCUUCAGGCCUGAACUAUCUCCUCGAAACUUGGUCUUGGUGGCCACUAAGACCCCACUGGGUCCAGCACUUUCUGACCUGGAAAUAGAGGAAAGCUGAAACUGAGGACAGGAAGGGAAACUUCGAAAAACCCCUUAAAACCCCCCAGUUCCCAAGGGCAUAGGUGAGACCUUGAUAGGGAUGAGGGCCUCAUAGCCAGCCCUCUCUCACUUAGGAAACCAGAUCUUUUUAGUGUUGGCCUAUCUCUAUCCCUUCUUGGAUCUCAAUACUU